AUGGAGAAAAAGAACAUGGUAAACACGGGAAAAAGGGCAGACACAGAGUAUAUGUACUUGCGGUUGUCUUUUUACACUAUAGCCUUGACUGUUGAGUUUGAUACUUCUGAAUCAGAUGAUGAUGAAGAUCCAAAUGAAUGGUUGUUUGAACUUCAAGAUGUUAGAGGAAAAUGCAGCCCAAGCCCAUGCCAGAAUGGAGGUUUUUGUGAGCAAAAGAAAGAUCAAUUUAAGUGCAAUUGCCCAGAACCAUUCAGAGGCAGAAGAUGCGAGAGAAGGAGAAAUGUUUGUACUAAACGAAAAUGUGGGGUGGGACUGUGCCUUCUGACACGAUCACCUCCUUACUAUAAGUGCAAAUGCAUUCCACCUUUUGCACCACCAAACUGCGAAAGACCAUCUCCAUGUACUCCAAACCCCUGUCAGAAUAAUGGCAAAUGUGUCAAGGACGAAGAUGAUUUUGACUGUGUCUGUCAAGCAGAAUUCAAAGGAAGAUACUGUCAAGUUGACCCAAAUGACUGCUAUAUAGGAGAUGGUGAGUCAUACAGAGGCAUGGUUUCAGAGACAGAAGAAGGGGAUGAGUGUCUCGACUGGAACUCUGAGUUUGUCCUGGAUAAAGGACUUUUACCUUCAGUUGCUAUUGAUGGCCUGGGACCUCAUAACUACUGCAGAAACCCUGAUGGAGAUAGGAGGCCGUGGUGCUUUAUAAAAAGAAACAAAAAGCUCAGAUGGGAUUAUUGUGAUGUCAGAAAAUGUGAUAGAUUUGUGACCAUCCCCGUUAAGCCUCGCACUACCGCUGCCCCUGUGAGGGUGACUUCAUCCAAAGGACUUGUUUCUACUGCUCCACAUCGUCCAGUAACCAUAACACCUGUGAACAGAACUUCAGCAACAAAGGAUUUUCCUACCUGUGGUAAACCUGAGCCGAAAAAACAGAUAAACCGAAUUUAUGGGGGUCUUAAAGCUAUUCCUGGAGCUCAUCCAUGGCAGGUGUCAGUGGAGGCCAAAACCAAGGGCGGUAUCUUCUUUAAUCACAUCUGUGGUGGGACUCUUAUCAAGCCUUGCUGGGUGUUGACUGCAGCCCACUGCAUUGAAAAGAAGAAUGAUUACAGAGUUAUGGUGGGAGGACUAAAUCUGGGACUAAAUGAUCCACAACCCCAGUUUUUGCUAGCAGAGAAAAUAUUUGUCCAUGAGCGAUACAGGGAAACCCCAAAUGUUGUCUACAAUGAUAUUGCUUUGCUAAAGGUGAAAGCAUCUAAUGGAAAAUGUGCUAAGGAAAAUCAGCUGGUGAAAACUGCCUGCCUGCCCAAAGAACCUUUUGCGGAUGGAUCAGAAUGUAGCAUCUCUGGAUGGGGAGCCACAGAGAACUCGGAAUAUGGCUCCAGGCAAUUGCUUGAUGCACAGGUUUUACUCAUCUCUCAGGAGGCUUGUUCAACCAAUAAAGUAUAUGCAGCUGUAUUAGACGAUGGCAUGUUUUGCGCUGGCUAUCUCAAGGGAGGAGUAGACUCCUGUCAGGGUGACUCUGGUGGACCUCUCACGUGUGAGAGGAAUCAAACACACUUCAUAUAUGGUAUAGUGAGCUGGGGGGACAGUUGUGGGGAGGAGGGCAAGCCUGGCGUCUAUACCCGAGUCACAAAAUAUGUGGACUGGAUCAAUACAAAAAUUGCUCAAAACUAG